UCACCUAUACAUAGAUAGUGUCAGAGUGAACAGAAAUUGCAUGUUAAAGACGUAACUGAGUUAGCUUCGGAGGAUGGGUGUGAAUAGUGUUACUGGCGGAACGUUCUACUCUAAAUUUUCUAUGGGGAGCUUAGUUAAAAAUAAAUACUUCACCGGGAAGAUGAUUUACGCGAGUGUUGCGUUGUUCUUGUCAUUGUUACUGUUCGUGAUUGGUCUCUCCGUAGGGUUGAGUAUUGGCAACUUCAAAGGAAGUGAUGCUCUCGACACGGCACCACUUAUCGAUGGUCACAAUGAUUUGCCUUACAACCUGUACGAAUUAUUGAACAACAAUUUGGACACGUUCGACUUCAUACGAAAUUUAAGCAACGAUGCAUUAUGGGGCUUAAAUGCAUGCAGAACGUGCCAUACAGAUCUUCCCCGACUGAGAAAAGGAAAAAUAGGUGCACAAUUCUGGGCUGCCUACGUUCACUGUAAGUCGCAAUUUAAAGACGCAGUACCGCUGACACUGAGACAAAUCGACGUUAUCAAAAGAUUAGUCGCUAAAUAUCCGAAAGAUUUGCAAUUCGCAACGAAAGCCAAACAUAUCGAAGAAGCAUGGAGUAAUGGAAAAAUUGCUUCGUUGAUUGGUGUCGAAGGAGGUCAUUCUAUUGACUCUAGUUUGGCUGUUCUCCGGCUCUACUACGAACUCGGUGUGCGUUACAUGACGCUCACCCAUAUGUGCAACACACCAUGGGCUGACGCAUCAGUUGUGGACGAUGGCUCUGUUCGCAAUCUUACGAAAUUCGGCCAAGCUGUAGUCCUCGAAAUGAAUCGAUUAGGAAUGUUGGUCGAUUUAGCGCAUGUGUCCCAUAACGUUAUGAGGGAGACACUCGCAGUAACGAAAGCCCCUAUCAUUUUCUCCCAUUCAUCUGUCUUUAGCCUUUGUCGCAAUUAUCGUAACGUGCCUGACGAUGUUCUCCACAUGGUUAAAAAGAACAAUGGUAUCGUAAUGGUGAACUUCUACUCAGAGUUUAUUAAUUGCGAUUCCUCGAGAAACGCCACUAUACAAGAUGUUAUAGAUCACAUUAAUUACAUUCGUAAUCUUAUCGGAGCUAACCACGUUGGCAUUGGAUCUGACUACGAUGGUGUAGAGUCGUUGCCAGAAGGUUUGGAAGACGUUUCUAAAUAUCCGGAAUUAUUCGAUCGCCUGUACGAAAGUGAUGUGACCCCGCGAUGGACCAAAGAGGAACUUGAAAAAUUAGCUGGCAGAAAUUUGAUCCGUGUAUUAAAAGCUGUGGAAGAAGUGAGCGAUUCGUUGACAAACUCGGAACAGCCACGACAAGAUUCCAUAGACGCACGAGAAAUUUAUGAAACUGAAGUAGAGAAUCACCUUCAGCCAGGUUUAUGUAACACUGCGAAAAAAUGGAAUGAUUGGAAAGCGACAAAUUUAGUUAAUACGACACUUAUUUAAAGAAAGAAGACGUGAUGUCAAAAUGUAAGAUCAAACUGUGGUGGGAAACCAUUGAACGAAGAGCUAAGACUUAUGCUGUAGGAUCCAACGUUCCUCCAGAUCAACCAAUCACCUUGCUGAAAUUCUGGCAGCAUUACGUCCUUCAAAAUGCAAUCCAAGGAAUCACAGGUUGGACCCCAAAUAUAUGAAACGAAUUUUUCAUCGUUCUCUGGCUAAAAUAUAUUACAUCAAAUAUAAUAGUUUUCUCCUAAA